AUGACCGAAGCAACCGUUCGUUUCGACGACGCGACGGAUCCGUAUAGGGGCGCAAGGAUAUCAAGACCCUGCCGUACGUUUCGUCGCGAGGAUCAUGCCGCCCUCGGGACCCGACGCCUCCAACAGUUGCGUGCCCCGUCGUCGCCGUUGGUCACGUCGACGCCACCCUUGCCGUCGACGACUCGCGGAGACCGCUGCAGCAUCGACGGCCCUUCCAAGCGAGUCCCUGGUGUGCUGGCCUACCUUUCGGGCAAGCAAAUUGUCGUCCGGAACCUGCUGACGGACGCCGCCGUCUGGAUGCCGGACAAUCCAGCAUCGCCGUCACACUUGCCCGUCCUCGUCUACCGGGGGCACAACUACAAGGCGACAGCCGUCCGAAUUUCACCCAGCGGCGCCUAUGUCGCAUCCGGAGACGAGCGUGGGACGCUCCGCGUCUGGGCACUGGAUCAGGAAGAACACCUCUGCAAGUACGAAGCCACGCACUUGCUCGCGGGAGCGAGCGUCACGGAUGUGGCCUGGGACGGCGAGUCCAAGCGCAUUGCGGCCUGUGGCGCACGUGCUGGAGGAGAAAGCCGGGCGGGAGACUGUGCCAAGGUAUUCUCCUGGGAUACCGGCGUCACCGUCGGACAGCUGUCGCAACAUCUCAAGGGACGGAUUUCCUCUCUAGCCUUCAAACCGCAACGCCCCAUGCGCUUAGUGACGGCCGGGAAGGACGAUCACGCUCUACGCUUUCACCAGGGACCGCCGUUUCAACGCGUGCCGCCGGAAAAUGGUGUUCCCGCGGAAGCCUGUCACGUCAAGGGAGGAAUCCAUGCCGUCCGGUACAGCCACUCCGGCGCUUGGGUCGUGUCCGUCGGGUCGGAUCGGGCCAUUGUCCUCUACGAAGGCAAAACCUUGGCGUUCCAGUCGAAACUUGAACACGCCCACGAUGCCACCAUUUACGAUGUGGCCUGGUCGGCGGACGACUCUACCAUAUUGACCGCGUCCGGUGACGGGACCUGCCAGCAAUUUGCCGUUCACGCCGACGGGACGCUCUCUUCCACCCGCGUGUGGAAGGUAGCCGAGUUCCAGCUAGGGGGACGCCCCUUCGAAAAGGUACCCGUCGGUGGCAACCAAGUGGGUUGUGCCUACGUUGCAGGCAACGUGCCCGUCUCGGUGAGUUUGAACGGACAAAUUGCUGUUCUGCCUCUGGACGAAGGGAACAUGAAGAUUUUGACCGGACACGAUGCGCCGAUUGCCGGUCUCGCCGUGGACGCGGCCCGCAACGUCUUUUACACCGGUGAUACGGACGGAAUUCUGUGCGAGUGGGAUCUCGUAACGGGACAGCCUCAGCGUCGUUUGGAACCGGUCGAAGGCAACGAAGAUCUCACCUACGUGACGCACACGGGAGCCAUUGCCGGCCUCGCCUGUUUGCCGGAAUCUUCCACCCUACUCAGUGUCGGAUGGGACGACAAGGUCCGUAUGGCCCCGAACGGGGUUGUCGGUAUGGCCACUAUCGAAAUAGGAGCUCAGCCUUCCUCCAUUGCGUCCGGGAAAGCUUUGGCGGUCGUCUGCACCGUCCAAGGGCUGUUGCUGGUCCGAACUGGUCAAGCCUCCACCCUGAUGGCGAUUCCGUACGAAGCCCAUGCGGUCUGUGUGGACGCCCACGAUCAAAUGGUAUACGUGGGUGGCAACGACUGCAACGUGCACGUGUAUGCCGUGGACGGGGAUACCUUGAAGGAGGUUCACGUCAUCGAGAAUGGUCAUCUGAAACCGAUCCACGCCCUGUCAUUGUCGCACGACGGAACCAAACUCGCCGCCGGUGACGGUCGGGAUGUGUGUGUCUGGGAUUUGUCGGCCGCCAACAAAUAUGCGGCAGUCGUCGCCAAGGGCCGUUGGUGCUUUCACGUACAAAAAGUCACUUGUCUGGCCUGGUCCCUGGACGAUGCCGUGUUGGUCAGCGGCGGUGCCGACGAUUCUCUUUACGUAUGGAACGUGCAACAGAAGAUGAAACGCAUUCAUUACCCCUACGCGCAUCGGGGUGGGGUCACCGGAGUCGAGUUUGUGCCGAAUGUGGCGGCGGGCACGUACCGCAUGAUCUCGGUGGGCGCCGAUGCCGUAGUCCAUGUGUGGGAUCUUACUCAGCACAUCCAGGAGAAGUUUUCCUAA